AUGUUUUUGUCGCUUCAUCCUGGCUUAUCGUUUUUAUACAAUUCCUUAGUUUGGAUCUUUAUUUUAUCAUUCAUUAAAACAAUUAAAAGAGUAUUUUUCAAAAAAGUAAAUAUUAUCUUCAUGUUUAAUUAUUCUGGGAUGUUGCCAAAAAGUUAAAGUUUAUAUUUUCAUCCACCAUUGCAAGUACUCAGUACAAGAAAUGUCUAAACUGAACCUGAAAUCUCAAAAUAAUAACAUACCGUAGAACCUCAUAAGAAAUACAGUGUUAUUAAUGAUGACAGGAGGAAUCUCCUAAUCAAACAGGUUUUAGAGGAAGGGGUUUCAGUCAAAUUAGCUGCUUAGGCCAAUGGAAUUAAGUUAUCGACGGCCAAAGCAAUUUUGAAGACUUACAAAACUCAAGGAAGAAUUGGCAAGAAGAAGGAACGCUAAAAACGACCAAAGUUGAACAGAAAAACUGUUGAAAAACAAUUAGAUUAAGCAACAUUAAUUAAGAAGUAAUUGCCCAAACUUGGUCAAAAUUUCGUUUACUUACCCUACAGCUAUUAACCUCCCCCUCUUUUUUAUAAAAUUGAGCAUUCUAAUGAUGUUAAAACAGAAAUUUGA